GACAUCAUUCUUGAGGAGACCGAUUUAGAGUUGAACUGCGCUGAUCGGGCUCCUGGGCUCCGCUGGAAUGGUCUUCUGAAGCAAGAUGCUACGCCGCUGAUUUGUGCUACUUCUGUUUCCGGCACCAUUGUCGCUCCUGGGGUAUACAGUGUUGCUUCUAGGCUGACCAAUGGAACAACAGUCGUCGCUAGUUCCGGACCUCCUAAAGCACCACCUAGGUUGAUGCCGCCCUCUAUGUCUCCGAGUGCAGCGGAAAAGACUUGUGGCUCUGGGCCUUCUGAUCAGAUUCGUAAUAGCCUGAUCUCACCCACU